GUGCAAAGACCAGUUCAAUUAAACUGGUUCCGAUUUGAACAGUGCAACUCUAGUUUUUUUUUUUAAUACAUAUAUGUUUAAAAACAUAUGCGGAAUCGGGCAGAUAAAAAGGCAUUAACCGAUUGCAAAGGAUCAAGGAAGAGGCGACGUUGACUGCGACUGCGACGCUGACUGCGACAGAGCGACAAUGGUGUGCAGUGCGUGUGCGUUUGCGUUUGCGAGUGUGUGUGUUUUGUAUCGUGUUGUCUGAUUGUGUGUUGUUGCCGUUCCCGUUCUUGUUGCUGUUGUUGUUGUGCGUGUGGUUGACAAACGGACAGUGGGACAAAACGACAGUGGAACAGUGGGGUCUACCAGGAGCAGAUUGCAACGACCAUCGCCAUCGCCAGCAAAGAAACAAUAGCAAGCAAAGAAAAACAAAAACAAAGACGUCGCAGGGACUUCCAUGUCGCCAAGUGUGGGCCUUUGAUGCCUCCGAAGGACUCCCGAGGAAUCCCCAUUCAGCCAGGACCACCAUGCUCCCCAUCAGCGAGGAGCAGCAGCUGCAGCAGCAGCAGUUACAGCAACACCAACUGCAUCACCAGCAGAUCCCCGAGGAUCUGGAGCAAGUGGAGCCCCAGGUGGGCGAUGGCAGCCUGUGGACCGCCCUCUACGAUUACGAGGCCCAGGGCGAGGAUGAGCUGACCCUGCGGCGCGGCGAGAUCGUGGUGGUCCUGUCCACGGACAGCGAAGUGUCCGGCGAUGUGGGCUGGUGGACUGGGAAGAUCGGAGAUAAGGUUGGCGUCUUCCCCAAGGACUUUGUCACCGACGAAGAUCCACUCCAACUUAAUGUCUCCUCCGCCAUUGGAGACAUCCAGCCGCAUGAAAUCGAGUACGAUGAGAUGGACAUCAAGGAGGUCAUCGGUUCGGGUGGCUUCUGCAAGGUUCAUCGCGGCUUCUACGAUGGCGAAGAGGUGGCCAUCAAGAUUGCCCAUCAAACGGGCGAGGAUGAUAUGCAACGGAUGCGGGACAAUGUCCUGCAGGAGGCCAAACUCUUCUGGGCCCUCAAGCACGAGAAUAUAGCCGCCCUGCGUGGCGUGUGCCUGAACACCAAGCUCUGUCUGGUGAUGGAGUACGCCAGAGGUGGCAGCCUGAAUCGCAUACUGGCCGGCAAGAUACCACCCGAUGUCCUGGUCAACUGGGCCAUUCAGAUAGCCCGCGGCAUGAACUAUCUGCACAACGAGGCGCCCAUGUCAAUCAUCCACCGCGACCUCAAGUCCUCCAAUGUCUUGAUCUACGAGGCCAUCGAGGGCAAUCAUCUGCAGCAGAAGACGCUCAAGAUCACGGACUUCGGGCUGGCCAGGGAGAUGUACAACACUCAACGCAUGAGCGCUGCGGGCACAUAUGCAUGGAUGCCACCAGAAGUCAUCAGCGUAAGCACCUACUCCAAAUCCUCUGAUGUUUGGAGCUAUGGUGUUUUGCUUUGGGAACUGAUUACGGGCGAGACGCCCUACAAAGGUUUCGAUCCUUUGUCCGUAGCGUACGGCGUGGCUGUCAACACGCUGACCUUGCCGAUACCAAAAACGUGCCCAGAGACCUGGGGAGCACUGAUGAAAAGCUGCUGGCAAACGGAUCCGCAUAAGCGACCUGGCUUCAAGGAGAUCCUCAAGCAACUGGAAAGCAUCGCUUGCUCCAAAUUUACGCUGACGCCUCAGGAAUCCUUUCACUAUAUGCAAGAGUGUUGGAAAAAGGAGAUCGCCGAGGUGCUCCAUGACUUGCGCGAAAAAGAAAAGCGUUUCCAAACCAUCGAAGAGGAAUUGCGCAACAAGGAGGAGCAGCUACUUAGGGUGCAGAACGAGCAGCGAGAGAAGGCGAACCUCUUGAAAAUCCAGGAGCAAAUUCUGCACGAGCGCGAAAUGGUGCUGAUUGAACGGGAGCUGGUCAUGAUGCAGCCGGUGCCAUCGAAGCGCAAGCCCAAAAAGGGCAAAAAGAACAAACCACUGCAGAUUGGGCUGCCCACAGGAUUCCGGCACACCAUUACGGCCGUACGCGACAAGGCGGAGCAGCCGGGAUCACCCUCGUUCUCCGGAUUGCGCAUCGUGGCACUGACCGAUGGACACAAGGGGAAGACGUGGGGCCCGUCGACGAUGCACCAGCGGGAACGAUCUCUACUGCCCUCACAACUGGGCGGCGGUCAGCCGGAAUGGCCCGCCCAGACCUCAACCCACUCCUCGUUCAGCAAGAGUGCUCCGAAUCUGGACAAGAAGCAACAGCAGCAGCAGCAGCAUCAGCAACAGGUGGCCUCGCUGACGCCGCCGCCGGGUUUGGGAACUUUGGGUGGAUGUGACAGUGGCAGUGGCAGUGGCCGUGGAGGUGGAGGCGUUGGUGGGACGCCAACCACGCCCCUGUUGUACCCAGGAUACCAGGGCAACAGCAAGAUGGACGACUGGCGCCCGGGGGCCACCAACAUGCCCAUUAUGUCGCCAUCGCCAUAUCUCCUCAGCCGUUUCACCAGCAACGUUCCGCUGCCGACGCUCUACGCCGGCGAUUCCGCCCGCAAGCCGAAGCUCUCGGUGAUCGAGCUGCUGCUCUACAACAUGGCCUCCCUGUUGGCCGGAGUGGCGGCCGGAUACGAUGUCCGGAUGUCGAACGUGUCGCCAGUGCAUCCCACGUUGCUGAGCGAGGUGCCCGCCCUGAAAGCGGCUCCCAAGGCGGUGGUUUCCGUUUCCGUUUCGGAGAAGGUGGAGCCACCUCAAGCGCAGAUCCUGGAACUGGAGGUGGACGCGCCAUUUAAACAGCAGGAGGGCGAACAGCAGGACCUCCGGGAAAGCACGCCCAGGAAGAUGAGCAGCCAGGCGAGAUUUGGUGGCAUUGAAUCAACGGGAAGCAAAUCCCAGCCCACUUCCCUGGCCCGGCGAAUCGGCGGCAGUCAGCCGUACUACACGCCGGUGCAGCGGACUCCUCAGCACCAGAUGCACCACCAGCAGCAGCAGCUCCAGCAGCAGCACCACCACCAGCAGCACCACCAGCCCCAUCCAGUUUCAUCCGCGGUGGUGACCACUGUGGCUGGCCCCCAACCACCGGCCACCGGAGUGAGCGGCCACUUCGCCAGCACCCAGCCACCGACGCCAUCGCCACGUCGCAAGCUGAGCAACGGCAGCUUUGGCAACCCGAAUCCCCAAGCGGAUGCCUUCGAGGAGUUCCGUGUGGGUGGUGGCAUCGGUCCACCGCCUCUUUAUGCGCCAGCCGAUUAUCUGAGAAACGGACCGAGCUACUCCAACGAUGGGGGCAACUACCGGAAUGGAUACUUCGGAUCCAAUUACUUUCCCUACCGUCCGGAGUUGAACUACAGCUACGAACGUGACUGCAAAUCGUAUCCGGACUAUUCCUACGACUACAACCAUCGGCUCCCGGAUUACUAUGACUACCAGUACGAGGCGCCAGUGGUUCCCGUGCCCGUUUCCGUUCCCACAACCGUUCCCUGUCCGGUCAACCAGACCCGCACGCCACCGCCGCGGGUGCCCCAAAUGGGGGUGAGUGCGGCCGGACACCGACGCACUCCCUCGACCGUGUCCAAUAACUCCAACGUUCUGCUGGAGCACGAAGAGCUGCUCUGCUACGAUUACAACAAUCUGAAUUUGAAUGCGGACUACGAGAGGGAGCGCGAGCGGGAGCGGGAGCGGGAGCAAGUGCCUCCGCCCACGAAACAGGAACUGUAUGCCGGAUCGCCCAAGCUGCUGAAUCGCCUCAUCCACAGUCCGUUGCCCAUGACCAAGAGCAAAUAUGCGACGGCGGCGGUAACGCGACCAGCCAGUCUGCCCUUCGAACAGCAUGCUCUUUCGCUGGGCUACCAGCAGCCAACAACUGGGGGCGCUUCAUUACCACCACCACUGGCUGGCCAGUCCAAGCUGCGGAGCUCGUUGAAGAAGUACAAUGGUGGGGGCAAUGGUUCCACAUCCUCGCAGCAAGGCACACCCACAAAUCCCACGCCACCGGAUUCGCUGACCAGCGACGAUAGCUCCUAUCUGAGUGCCAAAGAGGGUUCCAUUGGCUCCCAGCACAGCCGGGUGCGGUUCAGUCCAGAGGCCUAUUUGGAUGCCAAUCCUCUGCCCACAUUGGGACGCCGCAUGACGGCUCCGGCGAUGCAGUUGCCCCAGCAGCAACAGCAGAGACGACAGACCUCCAGCGGCAGCACACCAUCGCCAUCGGCAUCCUCCUCCUAGCAGACGCGACUGGCGCUGACUCUCCAGUUGGCGCGGAGUCCCGGCGCGGACAUCGGAAGCGGAAGCGGAGGCAUCGGAGGUGCAGCUGGACUGACGCUGCAUCAGCAGCGGGUGCCCUAUCGCUGGUACUCCGGAGCGAGGCGAUCUCGAUCGGCCCACUAUGAGUACCGCCUGUGAGAGAGCAGGACAGGCUCAAACAUACAAGUGAAAAGAAGGGGAUGCAAAUAGAAGCUGGCCGAGAUCGGAGAAGCAGUUGUAAAUCCAGAAAAACAAGUGGAUUAUGCAGAAAAACGGAAGGAAUCAGGCGGGAGAAACAAAUGGAUUUGCUUAAAAAAACUAUAAAAUCUGGAGGAUAAGCCAGUGGAUCUGCAGAAGAGCUACGGAGAAGCAUCAACUGGGACCUACAAUAAAAAGCCAAAAAAUCAGGAGGAGCAAAAAGUGAAACUGCGGAAAUACUAGGGAUUCAGCUGGAAAAAUAAUUGGAAUGGAAAAAACCACAAAAGUAGACGAUGGAGCCCAAAGAUCGAGAAGAGAAACAUGUAUUAAAAUCGAAGGAGGUUUCAUAACCACUAAAAUCGUCAGAAGAAAAAUGCAAACAAAUCCAUAAAAAAAUCCAAUUAUGGGCAAACAUUUGAGUAAGAGCAAUAACUCAUUGAUAGAGCAAAAUUAAGAACAAAUCACAAAGCUACUAACAAUUUAAAAGUUAUCUUCAGAAGUAAAAGAAGCAAUUAAAAACAUAAAAUAAGGUAGCUGCAUACAAAAACAAACAAAAGUCGCAAGCUGAAUAUAUAUAUAUAUAUAAAAAAAGUCGAAAAACACCAGAGAAAUCAAAUGGUUUUCAGGAAGAAUCAGAACAUGCAUAUAUGAAAUAGAACCGAAUGAAGGGAAACCAGCGGAGGAAAAACCAAAACAUUUUGAGCAGCAUCAACAGGAGCGUGUUUUUUACCUCAGUUCAAAAUCAAGAUCUUGCAGAACUUGAAAUCAAAGCAGCUGUAUAUAAACGUAGUUGACAAGUUGUUCACAAGCAAGUAAUAUAUAUAUGAAAUUUAAUGUUAAUACUACUCAACAGAUAGACAGAAGAACAUAUAAUAUAUCAUCGGGGUGUUCCUAAGACAUUUGAAGAUUUCCGGAUUUCCUAUUGAUGACAGUGUUAUACAUCAAAGAAUCUUCUUCGAACUCAACUUAUGGGGAAUACGAAAUCUGCAGAAGUUUUGGAAACACACCGCCCGACAUACACACACUCGUAGUUACCCUCUAAGACACAACCCCCAACUUGCGCGAUUUGCCUUAAAAGUAGAGUGAAGACUUCACUAGUUUUGCCUGAUGCCGGAUUCCAAAACAAAAAAAGGAAAAACACUCAUCGUAACGAAUCCCAAUCCCUCGUAUAAGAUUAACGUUUUAUCGGAUUCAACUGAUGAACAAACAGUUUGAUAAAGCUAAUAUACUCCCAUUUAUGUAUUAUAUUAUAUAUAACUAUAUAGACGAAGGCCUCCACUUGCGUUCUCCAAUUCAGAUUAAGUGCAGCCAGCUAGCAAGCCAUCAAUAACAAACAAAAACAACAAUAAUAAUAAUAAUAAUUAGUAAUACUUUGUAAUUCCGAGGACACCACAUCCCAAUCAAGACACACGCCAGCCGUAAGCUCCAUUUUUAAGUCUGACAAAAUGUUUAUAUAUUCAUAUAUAUAUUUAUAGACACUUAGAUAUAGACCGAUAUAGAUGCGUUAACCCAAACCACUAGCUCUGAAUUGAACAACAGUAUAACUCGAUCGAUUUACAACUACUUAUAAUGAAUAUAUACGAGUAUAUAUAUAUUAUAUACAUACACACAGAUAUAUAUAUAUAUAAAUAUAUAUGUAUAAUAUAUAUAUAACGAAGCAUAUUGCUGCUGUUUUUUCCAAAUAAUGAAUAGCUAUCUAUGAUAAUGAUAUAAUGGCGAAGAAUUUGACUAUCUUUACAUAUAUGCCACGUACAUAGAUACUGCUACUAAAAUGCUUAUGUAACCGAUUAUGUAAUCAUGUUUAUUAUCGAGUUGUUUUAAAAAUCUCUAGAGAUUAAAGGGGUAUAUGAGAAUCGGUUUGAUGUAAUUAAAGCUAUUUAAAAGGUUUUAAUUUCUCUAAAAAAUUUGAGUUUAUUAUGAAAGAUUUGGAUAAAUUUCUCCAUUUAUUUAUUUGUUUUUAAAUAUCUGAUAAAUAAGUUAUUUUUUUACCAUUUAACUUUAUGGUUUUUUAAAUAGCUUAAAAGGUCUUUUUUUCUCAAGAAACAUUUUAAAUUUAUGCUGUAAAAUCUUGUUUAAAGUUUAUUUUUGAGUGCCUGAAAAAUAAAGUUUUUCUUUAUUGUUAAUUUUAUGAAACUUUUUUAAAGCUUUAAAAUCUCUAGAAAUUUCUAAAAACACCUCGGAUAAUGUGUAAUCUAAUCGCAGCCUGCACAAAUAGCAUUCUUCGACUUUCGAAGAGCUUCGAUUACUAAUUUAGUUACUCGACGACUUGUUUGCCAUGCGAACAACAAACACGUACUCUGGGCCAUAUAUUUGAUUUUGGGCGGAUGGCCGCUAGACCGCCCCUCAUGCAUAUAUUUACCAAUUAAUAACUAUAAUUUAGACAAAUUGUUGUUUAUGCUCACACAAAGCCGAAGUUAACCAAAAAUAUCGAACCAGAAACACAGAAAAGAAACCGAAAACGAAA